AUGCGUCUCAACGCUGCCCUGGCUUCGGCCAUUUUCUCUUCGGCGACGCUGCUGGGCUACGUCCAUGCGGACGAGUCGGAGGCUGCCCCAGAUGCGACCUCCACGGGCAUUGCGCGUCCCACCUUCACGCCCACCACCAUCAAAGCUCCUUUCCUGGAGCAGUUCACCGAUGACUGGGAUCGCCGAUGGACUCCUUCCCACGCCAAAAAGCAGGACUCCAAGUCUGAUGAGGACUGGGCCUACGUUGGCGAGUGGGCUGUUGAGGAGCCCACUGUCUUUAAGGGCAUUGAAGGGGACAAGGGUCUGGUGGUGAAGAACGCUGCUGCUCACCACGCCAUUUCGGCCAAAUUCCCCAAGAAGCUUGACAACAAGGGCAAGACUCUGGUCGUCCAGUACGAGGUCAAGCUGCAGAACUCUCUGGUCUGCGGUGGUGCCUACAUGAAGCUUCUCCAGGAUAACAAGAAGCUUCACGCUGAGGAGUUCUCCAAUGCUACUCCAUAUGUCAUCAUGUUCGGUCCCGACAAGUGUGGAGCUACCAACAAGGUCCACUUCAUCUUCAGGCACAAGAACCCCAAGACGGGCGAGUACGAGGAGAAGCAUCUGAAGGCACCUCCAGCUGCCCGUACUACCAAGUUGACGACUCUGUACACGCUCAUUGUCAGGCCUGACCAGACCUUCGAGAUCCUCAUUGAUGGUGAAUCUGCGAAGAAUGGUACCCUCUUGGAGGACUUCACUCCGCCCGUCAACCCUCCCAAGGAGAUCGAUGACCCCAAGGACAAGAAGCCGGAUGACUGGGUGGAUGAGCCCAAGAUCCCCGACCCUAAUGCCAAGAAGCCUGAUGACUGGGAUGAGGACGCCCCGUACGAGAUUGUCGACGAGGAGGCCACCAAGCCUGACGACUGGCUGGAGGAUGAGCCCACUACCAUCCCUGAUCCGGAGGCGGAGAAGCCCGAGGACUGGGACGACGAGGAGGACGGUGACUGGAUCCCUCCCAGCAUCCCCAACCCCAAGUGUAGCGAGGUCUCGGGAUGCGGUCCUUGGAAGCCCCCGAUGAAGAGGAACCCCGCGUACAAGGGCAAGUGGACUCCGCCGUUGAUCGACAACCCGGCCUACAAAGGACCAUGGGCGCCUCGCAAGAUCCCCAACCCUAACUACUUCGAGGACAAAACGCCGGCCAACUUUGAGCCCAUCGGUGCUGUUGGUUUCGAGAUCUGGACCAUGCAGAACGACAUUCUGUUUGACAACAUCUACAUCGGCCACUCGGUCGAGGACGCGGAGGCGUUCCGUAAGGAGACCUUCGACGUCAAGAAGCCCAUCGAACUUGCUGAGGAGGAGGCGCAGAAGCCUAAGCCUGUAGACAAGGCCCAGACCAGUGUCUCGUUCAAGGAGGCCCCGCUCACCUACAUCCGUGAGAAGGUCGAUCUCUUUGUCACCGAGGCCAAGCAGAACCCUAUCCAGGCGGUGAAGCUGGUUCCUGAGGUCGCAGGCGGCCUGGGCGCCAUCCUGCUUGCCACGAUUCUGUUCAUCGUGGGUGCCAUCAGCGCCAGCAGCCCGGCUCCGGCCGGAAAGGGAGCUGCCCAGAAGGGCAAGGAGGCAGCCAGCGCUGCGAAGGAGAAGUCGGCGGAGGGUGUCAGCUCCUCCGCAGACACCAAGAGCGGAGCGACCAAGCGGAACACCAAGUCUUCUUCCGAGUAA